CCAAGCGUGGUUCUCAAGAGAGAGAGGGGGGAGGCUGGCCUCGUGGGAGAGGCGUGGAAGGGGCCGCUGCGCGGAAGCAACAUGGCAGCGGCGCCGGUGAUCUCCUCGGCGGGAGCCCAGCAGGAGCCGCCUGCGUCCAAGAAGAUCGUGGCUCCCACCGUGUCGCAGAUCAACGCCGAGUUCGUGACGCAGUUGGCAAACAAGUACUGGGCACCACAUGUCAAGAAAAGGCUACCUUUUGAGUCGAAGGUUAUUGAAGAUGUGUAUGGAAAAGAAAUUGUUAGGUCCAAAUUUGCGAUUAGAAAAAUCAUGCUUCUGGAAUUUAGCCAGUACCUUGAAAAUUACUUGUGGAUGAAUUAUUCUCCCGAGGUGUCCAGCAAGGCUUAUUUGAUGUCAAUCUGUUGUAUGGUGAAUGAAAAGUUCAGGGAGAACGUUCCCGCAUGGGAGACAUUCAAAAAGAAGCCAGAGCACUUUCCAUUCUUUUUCAAACGUGUGCUGGAUGCUUCCUUGGCUGAGAGUGACAGCGAGUUCUCUCUGCAGGAGCAGACCAUACUCCUGCUCUUCCUUGACCACUGCUUCAACAGUCUGGAAGUAGAUUUGAUCAGAGGGCAAGUCCAGCAGCUUAUCUCCCUGCCCAUGUGGAUGGGCCUGCAGCCUGCUCGUCUGGCACUCGAAUUGAAAAAGACAUCAAAGCUUAGAAAAUUUUGGCAUUUGAUCAAGAAGAAUGAUGAGAAAAUGGAUGAAAAUACUCGGGCACAGGCAUUUCAAGAAAGAAGAUUCCUUUCGCAACUGAUCCAAAAAUUCAUCUCUGUAUUAAAAUCAAUACCCAUUUCAGGUCUUCUCUCUAUGGAUAAAGUGCAUUACUGUGAAAGAUUCAUUGAACUCAUGAUAGAUCUAGAGGCCCUACUUCCAACACGACGCUGGUUUAACACAAUACUUGAUGAUUCCCACCUCGUUGUGCAUUGUUACUUAUCCAGCCUAGCCAAAAGGGGCAAGGAGGGUCAUCUUUUCUGCCAGCUUCUAGACAUGCUCAAAUUCUACACUGGUUUUGAAAUUAAUGACCAGACUGGAAAUGCAUUGACAGAGAAUGAGAUGACUACUAUUCACUAUGACAGAAUUACUUCCCUCCAGAGAGCUGCUUUUGCACAUUUCCCAGAACUCUACAAUUUUGCCCUCUCAAAUGUAUCUGCUGUAGACACACGGGACUCCCUCAUAAAACUUUUUGGGCCUCUAAGUCCAGAAACACUCCACCAGGUGGCAUCCUAUCUCUGCUUAUUGCCAGCCCUACCUGAAGAGGAAAAUACAAGCUAUGACAAAGAGUUUCUGCUCGAGCUGCUGGUGUCCCGGCAUGAAUGUCGAAUUUCUCAAAUUCAACAGCUCAAUCAAAUGCCUCUGUAUCCCACUGAGAAGAUUAUUUGGGAUGAAAAUAUAGUUCCAACUGAGUACUAUUCUGGUGAAGGCUGCCUCGCCCUCCCAAAAUUGAAUCUACAGUUUCUUACUCUCCAUGACUACCUCCUGAGAAAUUUCAACCUCUUCCGCCUAGAGUCUACUUAUGAAAUCAGGCAGGACAUUGAGGAUAGUGUCAGUAGGAUGAAACCAUGGCAGUCUGAAUAUGGAGGCGUUGUCUUUGGUGGGUGGGCUCGAAUGGCACAGCCCAUUGUCUCUUUCACGGUCAUAGAGGUGGCAAAGCCCAACAUUGGAGAAAACUGGCCCAUGAGAGUCCGAGCGGAUGUCACAAUUAACUUGAAUGUUAGAGACAACAUCAAAGAUGAAUGGGAAGGUCUGCGCAAGCACGAUGUUUGCUUUUUAAUUACUGUCCGACCCACACAGCCUUAUGGUACGAAGUUUGACAGAAGGCAGCCAUUCGUUGAGCAGACAGGCCUGGUAUAUGUGAGAGGAUGCGAAAUCCAGGGAAUGCUGGAUGAUAAGGGGCGCGUCAUUGAAGAAGGACCAGAACCGAAACCAAGACUUAAAGGUGAUUCCAGAACGUUUAGGGUGUUCUUGGAUCCCAAUCAGUAUCAACAGGACAUGACCAGUACCAUCCAAAGUGGAAGAGAAGAUGUCUAUGAGACAUUUAACAUAAUUAUGAGGAGAAAGCCAAAAGAAAACAACUUUAAAGCUGUUCUGGAGACUAUAAGGAAUUUGAUGAACACCGACUGUGUGGUUCCUGAUUGGUUACAUGACAUUAUUCUCGGUUAUGGAGACCCAAGUAGUGCUCACUAUUCAAAAAUGCCAAAUCAGAUCGCCUCCCUGGAUUUUAAUGAUACUUUCCUCUCCAUUGAUCACUUAAGAGCCAGCUUUCCUGGAUACAGCAUUAAAGUUACAGUUGAAGACCCUGCAAUGCAGAUUCCUCCAUUCAGGAUAACAUUUCCAGUCAGAAGUGAAGCAGGAAAGAAACGGAAAGAGUGUGAUGAAGAAAAAGCUGAUGGCUCAAAAACAUUGAUUGUUGAGCCCCAUGUCAUCCCCAACAGAGGACCUUACCCAUAUAAUCAACCAAAACGCAAUACAAUUCAAUUUACCCAUACACAGAUUGAAGCUAUACGUGCAGGAAUGCAACCUGGAUUGACAAUGGUGGUGGGGCCUCCUGGCACAGGCAAAACUGACGUGGCAGUGCAGAUAAUCUCUAAUCUCUAUCACAACUUCCCUGAACAGAGGACCCUGAUCGUUACACAUUCCAAUCAGGCCUUGAAUCAGCUGUUUGAGAAAAUCAUGGCUCUCGACAUUGAUGAGCGCCACCUCCUGCGCCUUGGUCAUGGGGAGGAAGCGCUGGAGACAGAGAAAGAUUUCAGCAGGUAUGGAAGAGUAAACUAUGUUCUAGCACGGAGACUGGAGCUUCUACGGGAAGUUGGCCGAUUACAGGAGAGUUUGGGGGUCCCUGGUGAUGUUUCCUAUACUUGUGAAACAGCUGGCCACUUCUUCUUAUAUCAAGUAAUGUCUCGUUGGGAAGAGUAUAUGAGCAAAGUGAAAGUUAAAGGCAGCAAGCCUUCAGAUGUUGCUGAUAUCUGCAGCUUCUUUCCUUUCCAUCAGUAUUUUGCAAAUGCCCCUCAGCCAAUUUUUAAAGGCAGAUCUUACAAUGAAGAUAUGGAAAUCGCCGAAGGAUGUUUUAGACAUAUUAAAAAGAUAUUCACUCAGCUCGAGGAAUUCCGAGCAUUUGAACUGCUUCGCAGUGGACUGGACAGAUCCAAAUACCUGCUUGUGAAGGAAGCAAAGAUCAUUGCCAUGACCUGCACGCAUGCUGCUUUGAAACGCCAUGACUUGGUCGAGUUGGGUUUCAAGUAUGACAACAUCUUAAUGGAAGAGGCUGCUCAGAUACUGGAGAUUGAAACUUUUAUACCACUCCUCUUACAGAAUCCCCAGGAUGGAUUCAGUCGACUGAAGCGGUGGAUUAUGAUUGGGGACCAUCAUCAGUUGCCUCCAGUCAUUAAAAACAUGGCUUUUCAAAAAUAUUCGAACAUGGAGCAGUCUCUUUUUACGCGUUUUGUCCGUGUGGGAGUGCCAACUGUUGACUUGGACGCUCAAGGAAGAGCAAGAGCAAGCUUAUGCAAUCUCUACAACUGGCGUUACAAGAACCUGGGUAACUUGCCACAUGUGCAGCUCUUGCCAGAAUUCAGAACAGCAAAUGCUGGUUUCCUGUAUGACUUCCAGCUCAUAAAUGUAGAAGAUUUCCAUGGCGUAGGAGAAUCUGAACCCAAUCCUUACUUUUAUCAGAAUCUUGGUGAGGCAGAAUAUGUUGUUGCACUGUUCAUGUACAUGUGCCUGCUAGGAUACCCUGCAGAGAAGAUAAGUAUCUUGACAACCUAUAAUGGCCAGAAACACCUCAUUCGGGAUAUUAUUAAUCAGCGUUGUGGGAAUAACCCAAUGAUUGGAAGACCAAACAAGGUGACAACUGUGGACCGGUUUCAAGGUCAGCAAAAUGAUUAUAUCAUCCUUUCACUUGUGCGAACUAAAGCGGUUGGCCACUUGAGGGAUGUUCGGCGUUUGGUGGUUGCUAUGUCAAGAGCAAGACUUGGGCUUUAUAUUUUUGCCCGAGUAUCACUAUUCCAGAACUGUUUUGAGCUGACUCCAGCUUUCAGCCAGCUCACUGCUCGCCCUCUUCAACUGCAUAUAAUCCCUACGGAGUAUUUUCCAGCAGCCCGGCAGAAUGGAGAACACCCAUCUCACCAAGUCCAUGUUAUAAAGAAUAUGCCUCAGAUGGCCAACUUUGUGUACAACAUGUAUAUGCACAUGAUACAGAAUACACGCCAGCACAGACAGCAAAACUUGCUGCCUCCUCCAACACUUGUUGAAGAAAUCGAAACACUUCAGUCUCAGGAAAGUGAAGAAGUUCAGAGCAAAGAUCUUGAAAUGGAAACAGAAACUGAAGUCAAACCCACACCAAUGGAAACUGCAGAAGAGAAAGUUUUCAAUGAGAAACAAAAGGUAGCAGAGGAAAUUGAGGAGGAGCAUCGGAAAAUGCCUGAGCACCCUGGAAGAGACAGUGAUAGUGAAGACAGUGAAACUGAAGAUGGCACAGAGAAAUGAACUUUUCUUUUUCAAGCGGACACACAGAGAUGACCAAUCAUAUGUAUAUCCACGAAACGUGUUAGUCGGUGAAACAAGCAACUGUUAACCAAGAGUAAAUAUUAAUGAUACUUUUAAGUAUCAUUUAUGACUAACAAAUCGUUAGCAAAGGAGGUUUUUUUACUUGUAUUGUGUAUUUAGUAAAGUGGGUUUUUUUAUCAAUCCUUUGUGUAACUCCCCUUUUUUGAUACUAUAAAGUUCAAUUUGGAGA